UUCCGUUUCCCUCUCCCUUUCUCUCUCUAGACCCCAUUCCUGUUUGGAGAGAGAGAGAGAGAAAGCGAUUCAAUUUUCACGGGCGUGGUGGUGGUUUUGAGGAUGGGAGUGGGUACGGAGGUGAAGAGAUUCGCUGUUCUUCUUUGCGCGCAGGAUUCCGAUUACGUGAAGCGGAAGUACGGCGGCUACCUCGGCGUGUUCGUGAAAAUGCUGGGGGAGGAGGGGGAGGAGUGGGACGUGUUCCGCGUGGCCAGCGGCGAGUUUCCAGACGACAAUGAGAUCGGACUCUACGACGGUUUCGUGAUCACCGGAAGCUGCAAUGAUGCUCACGGAAACGACGUUUGGAUCUGUAAGCUCAUGGAGCUUCUCAAGAAAUUGGAUUCCACGGAAAAAAAGGUUCUUGGAAUUUGCUUCGGCCAUCAGAUAAUGAUCGUCGGCAACAUCAGUGCCUGGCACUCUCAUCUUUUUUUUACUGACAUUCAUCUGUCACCCUCUUCAGCAAAGCUCUUCUCAUCUCUGAAAAUCCCUGAAACCCUCCCCAUCAUCGAGUGCCACCGAGAUGAGAUAAAGGAACUCCCUCCUAAGGCAGAGGUUAUAGCAUGGUCUACAAAGACUGGGAUUGAAAUGUUCAAGUGUGGGGACCAUAUGAUGGGCAUCCAGGGUCAUCCUGAGUACAAUGAUGACAUUCUUCUUCACUUGAUUGAUCGCCUUCAGCAGCGCAAUGACAUUGCGGAGUCUUAUGCAGAUGAGUUGAAGGCCAAUAUGGGAGCUGUGGAUCCAGACAGGGAGGCAUGGAAAAAACUCUGCAUCAGCUUCCUCAAGGGAAGAUUAUGAUGAAAAAACUUAGGAUUUGGGUGAAUGAAGAAAGGAAACCCAACAGUUGAAAUAAAGAGGAUGAAAGUUAUGUAAGAAGCUAUGAAGUUUAUGUUUACAUGGUAUGUAAAGAAAUUGGUGUCAGAGAGGUAGUUUCAGUAACCUUAGUCAAGGAUAAUAAUUUUUACCUUUCUACAAGAAACAUGUGCAUAUUAAAAUAAACUUUAAUCACCCAAAGCCGAUAUGCUAUAUAUAAUUAGAAAGCACAAACCUGAAAACAAAGUGUAAAGAAAUAAGAAAUGAAGACAAACUGCUUUU